AUGGUGGCGCUGGCGGUUCUCGCCCUGGUCGUGGGAUCGCAGCUGACGCCUGGCGUCGCCGAAACCAGACUGGGCCGCCACGUCGUCGGCGGCGACAGAGGGUGGGACGUCGCCUCCGACGUCGCCGGGUGGUCAACUGACAAGGAGUUCCGGGUCGGCGAGAGCAUCUGUGAGUCUUCCCUCUCCCUGGUUAGAGCAGCUCAUUGAUGAUGACCUAAUAAAAAAAAACAAUGCCGAUCGAAAUCUCUGAAGGGUUCUCAUACUCUGCGGGAGACGAGAGCAUCGUGGAGCUGGGGAGCAAGAAGGAGUUCGACAACUGCGACCUCAGCAACCCCAUCAGGCUGUACACCGACGGGCUAAACAAGGUGGCCCUCGAGGAGGAGGGCCCUCGGUUCUUCACCAGCGGCCGGCCGGAGAGUUGUAGCGGCGGCCUGAAGCUCCACGUCAACGUGAGGCCCCAGCCGGAGGCGAGAGAGAAGCCGACCGCCCAGGAGGCGACGGUGAAGGACGACGACGACGCCGCCUUGGCCCCCGGCCCCGCCUCCGGCGCAGCCGGCCGCGGCGGCAUAUGGUGGCGGAUGGCGGUGUGGAUGGCGACCAUCUUCUGCUUCGUCGGCGUCCUCUCCGCCUAA